CAGUAUGUUUUUAGAUUCUGGGGCGGUUGGUGUGUUACGCAGGUUUUGCUAAACUUACGUACGUAAAAUACGGAGUUUUUUUGUGAAUAUAUGUGUCCGGUUCGGAAGGACCAAUUCUUUUGGUGUCAAAUUUUGUGCUAAAAAAACUUCUGGAGAUGUUCGAGUAUUUUUAAGAGGAUAUAAAUGUUUUUUUUCCAAUAAAAGAAACUGUGACCUUUUAUAGUAACUAGGGCACACGUGGAUCUGCUUUGGGGCAAAUGAGAAAAAAUGAAUAAAGCCGUCGCAACGACUGUUUUUUGUAUCAUCCCUCUUUUGUUUUGUGCCAGCCAUGCUGUGGAUACCUCUCAAUGUAUUGCACCCCUUGGCAUGGAAAAUGGCCUUAUCAAAGACGAAGACAUAACGGCAAGUUCCUCCUUUGACCACGGCAAUGUCGGACCACAUCAUGGCAGAAUACGAAGUGAAAUAAAUGGUGGUGCUUGGUGUCCACAUACCCAAGCAACUCCUGAUUCCAAAGAAUGGAUCGAAAUAGACUUACAUUCUGUGCAUAUGAUUAUGGCUACUGAAACCCAAGGAAGAUUCGGUAAUGGGCAAGGGGUUGAGUAUGCUGAAGCCUAUAUGCUGGAAUAUUUCAGACCUCGUCUUAACAAGUGGAUCCGCUAUCGAACUAAAACCAAUGGAGAACUUUUAAAAGGGAACAUAAACACUUAUAUAGAGCACAAAACCAUUCUGGAUCCCCCAAUUUGGGCCAGCAAAAUCCGCUUUAUACCUUACAGCUCUCAUAAGAGAACUGUGUGUAUGCGAGUGGAAGUAUAUGGCUGUAAAUGGUCAGAUGGAAUAGUAAGUUAUUCCAUGCCCCAAGGAGAUAAAAAAGGAGGAAGCUGGGAGUUUUAUGAUUUCACUUAUGAUGGUCAUUGGGAUGGAGAGCGUUUAAAAUAUGGUUUGGGGCAGCUCACAGAUGGUGAGGUGGGCCCAGAUGACUUUAAAAUGUCCUUCCACGAAGACAACACUCAAGGUUGGAUAGGUUGGCGGAAUGACACUCCAAACAGAAACAACAAACCAAUUGAAAUCACUUUUGAGUUUGAUACGAUCCGAGAGUUUACUGCUGUUCACAUUUAUACCAAUAACCAAUUUACUAAGGACGUGCAAGUGUUUAAAGAAGCCAAAGUCUUCUUCAGUAUCGGUGGUAAACGUUAUAAGGGAGAACCCAUCACUUACGAGACUUUCGAAGACUGUAUUAUUGAAACACCCAGAAACGUGUCUAUAAAACUUCACCAUCGCGUCGGUCGCUUCGUCAAACUUCAAUUGCACUUCGCAGCGCGUUGGAUUUUAUUAAGUGAAAUAAGUUUUGAGUCUUCACCAGUUUCGGGAAACUUUACCGAGGAGGAAGAACUUCCUGAAUCGAACACUCCUAGUGAUCAAUCAGCGAACGUCUUAAGUGAUAACAAAAAUGUGAUAAGUGCGGUAAAUAGUUCGGGAAGUAUCGGCCAGUAUUUGGGUAUGGUGGUUGGAUUUUUUACGGUAGUAGUGCUUUUAAUGGUGGCGAUAGUGGCAUAUGUUUUGAUACAGCAAAGGAGGUAUAAAAGUUCACCGAGACCUAGCCAGAUUCCUGAUAAAGCUGCUUUGUAUAGGACUCCUUCUUUAGGCCAUUUGACCACCACCUCCUCCUCUGACUAUGCUGACUACGCUGUACCUCUUCAAAGACCCCAACAACCACCCCGCACUCCUCCAGAUCCGCAGUUAUUCUUUCCUAAACCACCCUCCAAUCCUCCCACGGAGUAUUACGCAGCUACGGACGUAUGUAAACCACACUUUACUCCACCACCUCCACCCCUUAGUACACCACCACCAGUGAGACUGCAGAGGCAACCUCGAUACGUAUCUGCCGGAAAAGCUUAUGUUGGACCAUAAGCUGGAUUCUUUGGUUUUGGUUAUUUUCUGUGAUAUAUAUUUUAUAAAGCUACUAUUUGUCGCAUUGGACUAUUCUUAAGAAGGCUGACUAACCUACCAAAUACUGUUUUUUUACACUUUCAUGUACUUCUUAGUAAUAAAUUUCAUAUUGCAGCGCUUUAGCUAUAUCUUUAUUUAUAGAAAAUUCUGUUGUUGCUUAAAGUAAGUUGUAGAUAAAUAUGGUAUAAAAAAAACUAAAUUUUCUCCUAAGACUUUGAAUAAUCCUUUAUAAUUUUAUUUUCUAUAAAAACUUUCGACGCUGCCUCAUCUAAAUGUCGCUUAAAAAAAUUAUAUAAGACAAUCUUAAAUGUAGCAAAAGCAUAACGAAUAUAAAUUGAAAUGGCAAUGAAAUUAUAUGUGGUAUUUAGGAAUAUUUGUAGUAUUAUUAAUAUUAAGUCUUUUGUAAUUUAUAUAUAGCUUAUAGACACAUACAUAGAUAGAAUCUCAUUGGGUGACUUAUAAAAGCUUAUAAAAAAAUAAUUCUUUUUUCAUGUUAGAUUUGUAUAUGACAAAAUUUUUCCUAGUAUCCCUGAUACAGCACUUCGGAAUUAACAGUUUCUAUGUACGACGUCAUUUAGAAAUAACAUGUAUAAUUGUAAAUAACGAUGUUAUUGACUUAUGACCAAUACUGUAUGAUAAAUAUUGCCGAUUAGCAUUUAAUAAAGCAAAUGUGUGUUAUUUAAUUAUUUUUUUGUAUACAUAAAACUUUCCAGAUUAUUUUAUUUUUCAAAU